AUGCCGGCCCCGUCGUCAUUGAUUGACUUGACUGAUCUGGUCUGCUGGAAUUCGCUAAUCUUAUCGCAAUGGCACAAUUCGCGACCUUCGAACUCCCCAAGGCAGUGGAUCAAUGCCAGGUCAAAGGAUGCUCAAUAUGUUCUCGGAGGAAGUGCAUCUCCCAGUUUAUCCAUUGACAAACUCAUCUCGCUUUCCAAUGACCCUGCUAAAACUGAAGAUGCGCUGCAAUUCCGAUCAUUGGACCUGCAUCUCGGAUCACCGCAAGGCUCCCUCAACCUUCGCAGCACAAUCGCAGGCCUCUAUGAGGAAAGGAAAGGAGAAAAGAUCUUGCCAGAGCAUGUCAUUACCGCCAUCGGUACCACGGGAGCCAAUUUGACUGUCUUCCAAAGCUUUCUCCAUCCUGGCGACCAUGUCGUCUGUGCGUACCCUAUCUACAGCCAACUUCUUGAAUUCCCUCGAGUCCUGAAGUGUGAAGUAUCCUUAUGGAAGCUGGACCCUGAGAAUCAAUGGAAACUCGACUUGGAAGAACUUCGACGUUUAAUCAGACCAUCCACGAAGAUGAUCAUAUUGAACAACCCAAACAAUCCCACCGGAUCACAUAUGGAUGCCCAAAUGCAGGGGCAGAUUCUAGAUAUUGCUCGUGGAAAAGACAUCAUCGUCUUCACGGAUGAGAUUUUCAGACCUCUUUUUUAUCACGACGGUGAAGUCCCUCCCUCGUUUGUCGAGCACGAGUACAGUAAGGUGAUUGUGACAGGCUCCAUGAGCAAAGUUUGGGGUAUGUCUGGCGUUAGGAUCGGAUGGAUCGUUUGCAAAGACCGGGUGCUUCUUGACGUUCUUCUAAACGCACGGGAGUAUACUCUACAAGCUACCAGCUCCAUCGACGAAGUGAUUGCAGCGGAGGAUCUGAGCGACCGCUGCCGGCCCAUCAUCUUGAAACGACACCGCGGAUAUGGUAAAGAAAAUGUCCAAUUGCUAGAUGCUUUCAUCAAGAAGAACAGCGACGUGUGUUCCUGGACAAAACCGACUUGCGGGGGUACUGGAUUUAUCAAGUUUCACUCCGAAGACGGUAGCCCGCAACAAGAACUGGAGUUUUGUCAGACACUUUUGAAAGAAACAGGCGUGCUCCUCAGCCCAGGCGGUCUCUGCUUUAGCGCAGCAGGAUGUACGGAUUUCCAGGGAUAUGUGCGGAUCCAUCUCACAGCGUUGCCCGAUAACAUGCAGAAGGCUUUGGCAUUGCUUGACGAGUUUGUGGAUGCAAGGCGCCGCAUUUCAUCCUAG